CUUCUUUUUGCAAUAGUAGAAGCAUGAAUUGUGUUGCUGUAGUUAUUGUAUAAUUUCUCUCGAAUCUCAAACUACUCCAUAAGCUGUCUGCUAUAUAAUUAGGGCUUCAAAGUCUUCAUGAACAUCUCUGAUCUAGGAAGCUCUGCCUAAGUCUGGCUGGAUUUAUUAGACCUGUAGCUUCUUUUAUUGUCACGCGAUACUGAAUUUUUAAUUUUUAUUAGGAAAUUCUUUUUAUUUUUAUGUCAGGUUCAGAUACUAAAAUAUGGUAAUGUUGAUUGUCAAAUUUUAAUUAGCUUUAGAGCAGUCGUUACCACUUAUUAUGAUAGUGUGCUUGUAGAUUUUAAUUGAAAUUUGAUAAUCAACAUUACCGGUUUUUGUUUUCUAUAGUUGUAGACUGUUACAGCUUCUUCUACUUGAAUGUUUAUUUCUUAUUGCUACACUUGUGCGAAUAGAACUGGAAAGGAUUCCCAUGGCGAAAUGUAUGAGACAUUCGUUAUUAGGCAUUCAUGUGUUUGCCUCCUCUAAACUGUGGAUAUAUUAAACAUUGUCAUUAUCAGUAUGUAACUUAAGAAAUGAAGAAGCAAAAUCUAUUACCUAAAAAUCAAUUGCCUUUUGAAUAUUUUGUGUCAAAUUGAAGGAGAAGACAAUGGCUCUAAGGCGUAUGCUUGGAUUCUCUGAUGGAGAAUUGAUGCGAUCGGAUGCAAAACCAUGUUCGCGGCUGAUGAGGCACACUGCUGGAAUUUGUUCAGUUGGGGGAGCAUUGGGCUUUUGGACUCUCUGCCGCCUGUAUUAUGGUCCUAGAAUAACAGUUCCUCGAACUCUUAGGUGGGCUGCCUGUGGUGCUGUCUCUAUGAGCGCAUCCACAGCUUUGUUGGUUCGUCUACUCAGCCCUGAAUGUGAACCCCAAAACAUAGCUGCCUACGACCAGAAACGAUAACAUUUGUGGUGCGUUGCUUACUUCUUUUAAGAAAACUUGAUUUAGCUAGAAAAAUGAACGAGAUAUAAGAAUCUCAGUGUCGAAAGACACGAGUGUACUCUCGUUUUUAGAGGAAACGUUGUGGUGGUACGGAUAUACAUCUAUGACAGUUUAGAUACUCCACUGUGAUAUUAUAUGAUGUACCAAUGCAAUUUUGUUGAAAUUCUAUUUAGAUGGUAAAAAAAAAAUCAAUAAAGAAUGCCACUUUCUCUUGAUUGUUCAUCAAA